GAGCCACCAUUCGGCCACGGUAGCCUAUAUAAUAUAAACGUCGAUUAAGGCCGUGAAGCGCAUCUGGCUAUACUGAAAAAACCGCUAGGACAGGGCGUUUUAAUAUCUGCAGUGUGUGAAUCGGAAAACCAGAGGCCACGGUUACUUCAGCGGGAAAGAGCUUCAGAGCGCACUAAAACCCCGGACCGCCCGCCAACCCAACGCCUCAAUACUCCGAAUUUCUCUUUCUUUUUCCUUUCCUUCGACUACACUCAUGGCGCAAAUACGUGGAACUGCGGGUUACCAUCUGGGCAACCAGAGCCCUUUCGGCCAAGCUGGACGCAGCGAUGCGGACAAUAGCGACCCCAGCCCGCUCGACCAGCUGAGGGAACAGACGAGCAAGAUUGAGGAUAUGCUGGAUAUGCUGUCGGACCCGAUUAAGCCGUAUCUGCCCGCAAUUGGACGCUUCUUAAUCGUCGUCACUUUCCUCGAAGAUGCGCUGCGCAUAAUAACACAAUGGAAGGACCAGCUCACCUACCUCCACGACUACAGACACAUUCCGACCGGUCUCACGCACCUCUUCCUCAUCGUCAACGUAAUCGCCAUGACCGCCUGCUCGUUCAUGAUCAUCGUACGGAAACACUCAGACUACGGCGUCUUCGGCCUCAUUGGUGUGGUAGUCCUACAAGGAAUCGGAUACGGUCUCGUCUUCGACCUGAACUUCUUCCUCCGCAACUUGUCGGUCAUGGGCGGACUGCUGAUGGUGCUCUCGGAUUCGUGGGUGCGUAAGAGGUUCGCGCCCGCCGGCCUGCCUCAGCUCGACGAGAAGGACCGCAAGAUGUACUUCCAGCUCGCUGGUCGCGUCCUGCUGAUUUUCCUCUUCGUCGGAUUCGUCUUCCGUGGUGACUGGAGCUUUUGGAGAAUUUGUGUUAGCUUCCUGGGUUUCGUGGCUUGCGUUAUGGUUGUUGUCGGAUUCAAGGCCAAGUUCAGCGCUAUCAUGCUGGUGGUCAUUCUCAGCAUCUUCAACGUCUUGGUCAACAACUUCUGGACGCUACACCCGCAUCACCCGCACAAGGACUUUGCGAAGUACGACUUCUUCCAGAUCCUUUCCAUUGUCGGCGGUCUCCUUUUGCUGGUCAACAUGGGCCCGGGCCAAUUCUCCGUCGACGAGAAGAAGAAGGUCUACUAGGCGACCUCUCGUUUCACACCACGUUUUGGAAACUCCGCAUGCGAGCAUGAACGAAUAAAACAUGUGAUAUCCGACAUUUAACAUCGAAGAAACUAGCGGCGAUUAAAUCGCUCAUGAGUGCAAGGAAGGGAGGAAAGACAGCACCAAAACCUGGGAGCUUAGCAAGGAGUCCAAUGGCUACGGCUUUGUGUAGACUAUGACUGUCAACAGUGGCGUUAGUAACAUUGCAAUUGGAGUUACCGAUUGCAUUUUUGGGGCAAUCUGAAAUUUUCUCUUGGCUUUCAAACAAUGACCAGAGAAGACGGAAGCAUUUGCUAAACGAACAGCGUAAGGACGCUCGACUAGACUGCUACUUAUUUGAUCCGCGCUUCGGGGAGCUCCGCUUUACUGCAG